AUGAAUCGAUGUAAUAGCCAUCACUAGCCACACGUCAGAAGAGGAAGAAUUUGCUUGUCAUUUCGGUGUUUCGCUCAAAUUGUUACUCGCAACAAAUAACAUUUUGUUGCAAAAUUGUCGCAAGUACGUUUUGCAAAUAAGACAGAAGCAUAGCACGCUGUGCGUAGCAUAUUUUGCCCAACAAGCACAACAACAACAAACAAAAAUACAAAAUGCCGUCGCUGGAAGUAAGCGUAAACAAAGUGAUUGUCCAUCCUCUGGUUCUGUUAUCGGUUGUGGACCAUUUCAAUCGCAUGGGCAAAAUUGGUAACCAGAAGCGUGUCGUUGGCGUCCUUCUGGGAUGCUGGCGCUCCAAGGGUGUCCUUGAUGUGUCUAACAGUUUUGCAGUGCCUUUUGAUGAGGAUGACAAGGAUAAAUCGGUUUGGUUCUUGGAUCAUGAUUAUCUGGAGAAUAUGUAUGGCAUGUUCAAGAAGGUCAAUGCACGUGAACGCGUGGUGGGCUGGUAUCACACCGGGCCGAAGCUGCAUCAGAAUGAUAUAGCCAUAAAUGAGCUGAUUCGCCGCUAUUGUCCCAACUCAGUGCUCGUCAUCAUCGAUGCCAAGCCCAAGGAUCUGGGUCUGCCCACAGAGGCGUACAUAUCCGUUGAGGAAGUGCACGACGACGGUUCGCCCACCAGCAAAACUUUCGAGCAUGUCCCCAGCGAAAUUGGCGCCGAGGAGGCGGAAGAAGUGGGCGUAGAGCAUUUGUUGCGCGAUAUUAAGGACACUACGGUGGGCAGCCUGUCGCAAAAAAUCACAAAUCAGCUGAUGGGCCUCAAGGGUCUCAAUGCCCAACUGCGCGAUAUUAAACAGUAUCUGCAGCGUGUCGGUGAUGGCAAAAUGCCCAUCAACCAUCAGAUUGUCUACCAACUGCAGGAUAUAUUCAAUCUGCUGCCCGAUAUUACCAGCGAUCAGUUCACGGGCACAAUGUAUGUGAAGACCAACGAUCAGAUGCUCGUCGUCUAUUUGGCUUCGAUGGUGCGUUCGAUAAUUGCGCUGCAUAAUCUGAUCAACAAUAAGCUGGCGAAUCGUGAUGCUGAGGAAGGCAAGAAGGUUGUCGAGGGGGCUGAUAAGGAUGGCAAGGAUAAGAAUAAGGAUAGCAAGGAUAAGGAGAACAAGGAUACUAAGGAUAAGGAUACCAGCAAGGACAAGAAGUCCGAUGAGAAGUCCGACAAGAGCAAGGACGAUGGCGGCAAGAGUGCUAAGAAAUAGGAACGAAAGAAAAAACGCAAAUCACGUCGCAAACGCAAGAAGCAGCAGCACUAACAACAGCAACAGCAAAAACAACAUCAGGCGACAUAAACAGCAAACCAUUUUUUGGCCACCUCAGCGUCCAGGGAUUCAUAUGUCAACAGAAACCGUGGCGAAAUAAUAGCUCACAUUAUAUCUCUUCAUAACACAUGAUUCACACUUGAAUAUCGUACAUGGCUAUAUGCAUAUAUAUAUAUAUAUGUAUGGAUACACACAGCGAGAUCAUAUUUUAACUAUUUUUUGUAGCUAUUUUAGUACGCUAAAAAACAAAGUAACCAGCAAGUUGAUGUAAUUAAAAUUUAAAACUAAUUUAAA